UGAAUUGAACGCAGGUCAUUCGUUAACACUGUGCAUAUGCUGAAAAAUGGCUGACACUUUUAAUUGCCGAAUCAAGUGAUUGUUUUAGUGCAUUUUGCUUAAUAUAAUGCUGAAAUAUGCACAAAACAACUUAAAUCUAAUAAACGAAUAUAAUUUAAUGCUAUGCUUAUUUAAUACAUGUGUUGAAACACACUAAAAGAAAAGACUGCGCACAAACGUAACACUGCACAAUAAUAAAGCAAUCCAAAUGAUGAACAACCAUUUUCACUUGCAACAAGCACAUGACCACCACAACAACAACACGCCACAAAAUGUGGCGCCGCAACUCAGCAACAACACGGUCGCAGCACCAGCCACAUAUAGUUAUUUAACGCAACCCACAACUGCCGCUGCACCAAACCCCCAACAAUGGUUGACCUAUCAAAUACUGCCAACGCCAUCGCCCACAUUGGCUGCAACUUAUGCCAAGCGUUAUUAUGCCACCGCCAAUCCGACAGGAGCAGCAACAACAACUGCAACUGCGACGCAUCCGAGCAGCAUACAAAUAACCAACAAUUAUGCACAGCCAACGCAGCAGACGCAAGCGAGUCAAUUUAAGACUAAUAACAUUAAUAAUAUACGCAUUAUAAGCACAGCGCCCAAUGUUUAUAGUCUGAAUAAAAGUGCUGAGCAGCUAAAUCAGCUUUAUGCCACGCCCACAUCAACAACAGCGGUUACAGCUGCCACAGAACUUUAUGCUCCCAUGGGUGCUUAUUAUACAGCGGCGGCGGCGCCACCACCAAAGCUGCAGCCACCGCCACUAGUGCCAGUGAGUAAAAACAACAGCGUUUCAGCGCUUCAAAGCAGCGCCGGCGCCGCCUCAUCCACUGUGGUGCUGGAUCGUAUUAAUAUAUGCAUAAAUAAUCAUUAUGCAGAACCAACUCUCUGCCAGCCUUCGCCAAUAAUACCCGCUAUACAGCAUAAGGCGCUGAUGCCGCCGCUCAUCGAUAGCAGCACAGCGGACAGCAGUUGCAGCAGUAGUAGCAGCAGCAGUAUUUGCUCAAACGGACGCAGCAAUAGCAGUAGUCUCGCUACAACUGCGAACACAUCAGCUGUCAUUGUCAUAGACGAGCCGGACUCCACAACCACAACAACAACACCGCACACGCCGCCCACAACACCAGAAACAUUGAGUUGUUCCCCCUUGAAGUCACCGGGCAGUCAGAGCAGCAAUAGCUGCGUGUUGUCACCAACGGCACAGUUGAAGCAGAGCUUCACCAAUGUCACCAAGAGCAUCGACGAGGCGGCAGCAGUUGAGGUGGCACUUGUGGCUGUUGUUGCCGCAGCACCGCCCACACCGCCGACACCCCCGCCACCACCACCGCCGCCGCCGGCACCCGCACCGGUUAGCUAUGCUCUGCAGGAGGAUGUCUUUGUCAAAUGCAAUGAUGGCCGCUUCUAUUUGGGCACCAUAAUAGCCAAAUCGGAGCAACAGUACCUCGUCCGCUUCGACGACAAAUCGGAGCAGUGGUGCGAGCUGGCGAAACUGCGCAAACUGGGCAACGAGCCGAGCAGCGACAAGAGCACUCAAAGUGGUCCCAUGUGCGUGGCCUGCAAGCAGGCCCAGCACGAGGAUAUUGUGGAGAUAUGCGAGCGUUGCGGUCGUGGAUAUCAUCGUGGUUGCACCACCGAAAUUGCCAGCGGCAUCUGGUGUUGCAAGCGUUGCGCCAAGCCAAUGAAAAUGCAGACGGCGCUCGAGGCAAAUAAACCGCAAGGCAUUUGCCGUCAGCUGCCAUAUCAUGUGGACAAGCUCAGCUGGGAUGAAAAGCAUCGCGUGAACGAAGAGCAAAUUUACUGCUAUUGCGGCAAGCCCGGGAAAUUCGAUCACAACAUGCUACAGUGCUGCAAGUGCAGAAACUGGUUUCACACCCAGUGCAUGCAGAACUUUAAGCGCAAGCUGCUGCGCGGCGACAUCUUCUUUGUGUUCUGCUGCACUGUUUGCAACGAUGGCGUUGAGUAUCUGCGUCGCCUGCAAAUUGAUUGGGUGGAUAUGCUGCAUAUUACGCUAUAUAAUCUGCGCAAGCAUCAGCACCAGAAGUAUCAUCAUUUAUUGAAGGACAUUUGGCCGUUUAUCCUGGAGCAGCGGCAUCAGCUGCCCAUUUGCGAGGAGUGGCGCCAGUUGCCGGAGACAACGCUGAUGGAGCGCAUUAAGCAAACGCUCAAGGAGUACUCGGAUCGUUUCAUCUGUGGCAGCGAGUUCAAACGUGCCCCUGCAUACUAUGCCCUGCGCCACAGCGGUCCGCCCCUCUCACCUCGUGUAUUCCUGCAGACGGAGGAGGUGCUUUGCGAUGAGCUGCUUGUCGAUAAAUUCAAACUGCUGCUGAUGCCUGAGGAGGAGCAGGCGGAGGUGUUGAAGACGCAGACAAAGACAACGCAAGAGGGCGUGGGAAAAAACACCAUCUCAACUAAGGACGUAUACGAGUUUCACACGGAUGAGGACGACGAGGAGGCGGCGGCCGAGGCAGAGGCUGAGGUGGAUACCAGCGAAGAUGAAAUACCCAUCAAACAAAUCAUGGAGAAGGUCAAGAAGCAAAACAGCAACAAGCAGCCACCAACAUCAAACGGAGAGCAGCAGCAGUUGAGCAUAAUGCCGGAACGCACGCCCGAUUUGGCCGAUGAUAAUGCCAACGAUGGUGAGCCGGGCAAGCUAAUGGCGCCUGCGCCUCCUCGCCUAGAUAUCUCCUCCAGCGCUAACUGCAAAGUGAACGGCAGCAGCAGCAGCAAUAGCCGGAAAAGAAAGGCAUUCCGUUUGUCAAAGCGCUACGACAACAGCCGUCACUGUGAUCUCUCCUCCGAUGAGAACUCGAGCAGCAGCCGUGGUACCAGCUCGCUGGAUCUCAUCAUACCGCCACCGGCCAAUUUUCUCGGCCGCAAUAAUCCCUUUCUAAUGGCCACGCCCAAGAAAUCAGCCCAGCAGCGCAACGGUGGAGUCGGCGGAGUUGGUGUUACAGGCAUUAUCAACAGCAUAUUCAAGCUAAAGCAUGUCAAGCAGUUGAACGGCAUGGAUCAGCUAACGAAGGCAACUGGCGGGGCCCAACAGCCGCGCAUGCUGCGCACCGUAAGGCGAAGACUGAGUGCCAAAGAUAUUACCAUUGGGCCCAAUCAGGAAGUGCGCAGACGUCGCACCCGACGCAUGACCACGGCCGUUGAGGUGAUCAACACCACAACAAUAAAUCCUAUACCCAGCCACUACUUUCCCAUAUAUGCCAAAGAUUUGCAGCCGCCGCCGCCAGUGCCACCGUUGCUGCUGCCACCAGAGAAGCCGACGCAUGGCCGUUUAUUACGGCAACGGCCGCAAAAGUCACGAGGCGGCACGCCGCCAAAUAGUCGACGCAACUCCACCAGCUCAACAGCCACCAAUGGCAGCAGCAGCAACAGCAGCGGCGGCGCUCAUCAUCACCCAAAUGGAGGUGGAGGAGGAAGUGGGCACCAUUCGAUGCUGGAUUUAAAGCAAUCCGUAAAUAAAUACUUUGGCGGCGCCAUGAAUCGCAUCGAUGCCGGCGAAUCCUUUGCUAUACGGGCCAAACGACGUAUGGGCAAUGGCCAUGUUCAGUAUUUGGUGGAGUGGGGUGGCGAUCCUCCUGCUACUGCGGCUGCAGCUGUCCCCCCAGUCACAACAAAUGGAAACUAAGCAUUUGGCACUUGAUGCGUUUAACAACUGAUUACUUAUUAUUAUUAUUAUUCUUUAUGGUAUUUUUUUAAUUUUUCAUUUAUGGUUUAAACCGAAAGUUUGCUGCCAGAUCUUUAGGCCCAAUUUUUUGUUUUUUUGUUAAUCUUUGAAAAAGCCACUGCCAAAUUAGCAAAAUGUUUUUGGCAUUUAAAAUAUGCAACAAUAAUAACAAGAAUAACAAAAAUGUAACUGAAUACAGGUUUUAAUUGUGCAAUGGCAGUUUAUUGUUGAAAUAAGUAAAAUAUAACUGAUGCAACAUU